AUUUACUAACUAGGAGGUAGAGGCAUUUAGAGAGGAAGAGAGGGAGAGAGCUAUUCCUUUCUCUUUCUCAACUCGAGAGGAGAAAGAAACGAAAGAAGAGAAUUUCUAGCUUUUUGUUGUUGUAUUACUUCCGCCAUUUAAUUGUUAUAGCGAUAAGUAUUUAGCAAUGCUUGUUCUUGAGAAGAUUCCACGUCCAUGGAGCUCUUUCCUGCGAAUAUGCUCGAUCGACCAUGUGGUAUUUCCAAGAUUUUUGCGAGAGCGCGGCAAUCCGGCCAGGAAUCUCUUCACCUGGAUUUCCAUGCUGCGGGCAUUUGCCGGAUUGAUCCCACACGAGGCAUCGCGAUGCCGAUCCCAGGGAAUGCUUGUUUGAUGCGACGCUGGGCGGGAGAUCCAGGGAGUCCGUGCAGAUUGGAGGUCUUUCCGCGAGGAUUUCGUCUUCCAGUGCGGUACCGCGGUGCUAGGGUUCUGCUCGAUCGAUGCCGGAGAGGAUAUUUGCUUCUCAAGAACCCUAGAAGGGUUUUGGGACCAGAUGUCUCCCGAGCAAGGGAGCUACGCUGGAUUGGAUGCGCCAGUGAAAACUGCUGUGGACAAGUUCCAGCUUCUUCCAGCGUUUCACAAGGUCCGGGGUCUUGUGAAGCAGCACCUCGAUUCAUACAAUUACUUUGUGAAUUGCGAGAUCAAGAAGAUCAUCCAUGCCAAAGGAAACGAGAAGAUCACUAGCGAUGUCGAUCCCAACUUUUACAUCAAGUUUUUGGACAUUUUCGUUGGAACACCAUCGAUCGAGCAAGACUACAUUCGGCAGGAUAUUACCCCGCAGCAGUGCCGCUUGCGAGAUAUGACGUAUUCUGCCCCUAUCAGUGUUGAUAUCGAGUACACAAGGGGCAAGGAUAUCAUAACUCGCAAGGGAAAGGAUGGCCAGGGAGCACAAGUAAUUGGACGCAUGCCAGUGAUGCUAAGGAGCUCUCGUUGCAUUCUUACUGGAAAAUCUGAUGCUGAACUUGCGAAGCUUGGAGAAUGCCCGCUCGAUCCCGGUGGCUAUUUUGUUGUGAAAGGAACAGAGAAGGUGAUUUUGAUUCAAGAACAACUUUCCAAGAACAGGAUCAUCAUUGACUCUGAUAGCACUGGGAGGUCGUUACAGCCUGUCACUAGCAGUACACAUGAGAGGAAAAGUAAGACGAAUAUCAUCAUAAAGCAUGAAAAAAUCUAUGUAAAGCUAAACGUGUUCAGCGACGACGUUCCCAUAGUUGUAGUCAUGAAAGCUAUGGGAAUGGAGAGUGACCAAGAGAUUAUACAGAUGGUCGGGACGGAUCCAAAGUUCGCUGGGAUACUUGCUCCUUCCAUGCAGGAAUGUGCUUCGUUGGGUGUAUACACAACUCAUCAAGCUCUUGAGUACCUUGGAACAAAGGUCAGGGUAAAUAGGCAAUGGGGCAGCAAGCAAACUAAGUCUAAGGUUGAUGAAGCCCGUGAUAUCUUGUUAAACGUUUUUCUGGCCCAUGUAGCUGUUCAUAAAUACGAUUUCCGGCCAAAGUGCAUCUAUGUGGCACUGAUGCUCAGGCGGAUGCUAGAAGCGAUUCUUGAUAAAGAGUGUGUAGACGACAGGGACUAUGUUGGAAACAAGCGACUGGAACUCGCUGGCCAGCUUCUUGCUUUGCUGUUUGAGGAUCUCUUCAAAAGGUCUUGUAGUGAGCUGAAGAGCAAUGUGGAUCGCACACUAUCCAAAAUGAACCGUGCCUCUCAAUACGACGUUUCGAAGUCAUUGAAACCAGACAUGCUUACAAGCGGACUGGAAAAUGCAAUCUCUAGUGGGAAUUGGACAGUAAAGCGAUUCAGGAUGGACAAGAAAGGUGUCACGCAGGUAGUGUCAAGGCUCUCAUAUAUAGCUGCUCUAGGCCAUAUGACGAGAGUGGCGUCUCAGUUUGAGAAGUCGAGAAAAGUCAGCGGUCCUAGAUCUUUGCAGCCGAGCCAGUGGGGUAUGUUAUGUCCUUGUGACACUCCUGAAGGUGAAGGUUGCGGUCUCACAAAAAACUUGGCACUAAUGACACAUAUCACGACUGAUGAUGAGGAAGCGCCUCUGAUUGACCUGUGCACCAAUUUGGGAGUGGAGGAUAUCAACCUCUUGUCCGGAGAAGAGUUUCACUCUAAAAACGCGUUUCUUGUAAUGUUCAACGGUACGAUUCUCGGUAUUCAUCGCCGCCCGCAGCAAUUUGCGACGUUGAUGAGGAAGCUUCGACGGGCAGGAAAGAUUGGAGAAUUUGUCAGCAUUUUCGUUAAUGAAAAGCAGCGCUGCAUUUAUAUUGCUUCAGACGGUGGACGAGUCUGCAGGCCUGUGGUGAUCGCAGACCAUGGUGUAUCAAGAAUCAAGGAGCAUCACAUGAAGGAGUUAAAGGAUGGCUUUCGUACAUUCGAUGAUUUCUUAAGAGAAGGACUCGUUGAGUAUCUGGACGUCAACGAAGAAAACAAUGCUCUGAUAGCACUUUAUGAAAAAGAAGCAGACUCUACGACCACUCAUAUAGAGAUCGAGCCUUUUACAAUUCUUGGCGUUUGUGCUGGGCUGAUCCCUUAUCCCCAUCACAAUCAAUCACCACGUAAUACUUACCAGUGUGCUAUGGGAAAACAAGCGAUGGGUAAUAUAGCCUAUAAUCAGCUUCAAAGAAUAGACACGCUACUCUACCUUUUGGUCUAUCCGCAACGUCCACUUCUCACUACCAAAUCAAUUGAGCUGGUUAACUAUGACAAACUUGGUGCUGGUCAAAAUGCAAGCGUCGCGGUUAUGAGCUACAGUGGUUAUGAUAUUGAAGAUGCAAUUGUCAUGAACAAGGCCUCACUUGACAGAGGAUUUGGGCGUUGCAUCGUUUUAAAAAAGUUCAGUUGCCUGGUUAGAAAGUAUGAAAACCGUACAAUGGAUCGGAUUGUUGCUCCGCGACAGCAUGGUCAUGCGACGUCACAGUUGCUUGAUCAAGAUGGUAUUGCUUCUGUUGGGGAGAGAAUUUACGAUAAGGACAUAUUCGUGAACAAAGAGAGCCCGAAGGAUGUGAAGACCACUUUUUUAAAUCCUCUAGCUUUGCCUGACAGUGCCUAUAGGCCUACUCCCCAGCGUUACAAAGGGCCUCUUGGUGAAAGUGCAAUCGUCGACAAGGUUUUGCUGACUACAAACGAAAGUCAGCAGAUGGUUAUCAAGUGUCAAGUUCGACACACACGGCGGCCCGAGCUUGGAGACAAGUUUAGCAGCAGGCAUGGGCAAAAAGGUGUAUGUGGAACUAUAGUAGAGCAACAGGACUUCCCGUUCACAGAGCGUGGUGUAUGCCCGGACCUUAUCAUGAAUCCUCACGGAUUUCCAAGUCGUAUGACCGUGGGAAAGAUGAUUGAGUUGCUUGGAGGAAAAGCAGGCGUUCAAAGUGGAAAGUACCAUUAUGGUAGCGCUUUCGGUGAACCCAGUGGCCAUGCUGAUACUGUAGAAGCCAUAAGUGCCACCCUUGUCAAACAUGGGUUCAGCUACUGUGGUAAAGACCUUAUCUAUUCAGGUAUCACUGGGUGUCCUUUGCAAGCAUACAUCUACAUGGGUCCGAUUUACUAUCAAAAGCUAAAACACAUGGUUUUGGAUAAAAUGCACGCUCGCGCUCAAGGCCCUCGUGUAGUAUUGACAAGGCAGCCUACUGAAGGAAGAAGCCGAGAGGGAGGUCUGAGACUGGGGGAAAUGGAACGGGACUGCCUCGUCGCGUACGGCUCAAGCAUGCUCAUACUGGAGCGUUUGAUGAUUUCCAGCGACCAGUUUCAAGUGCAGGUGUGCACAAACUGCGGUUUGCUGGGCUAUUACAGCCACAAACUAAAAAUGAACUUCUGCUCGUACUGUAAAAACGGAGAGAACAUGGCCGCGAUGAAGCUACCGUAUGCAUGCAAAUUACUGUUCCAAGAGCUCCAGUCUAUGAACAUAGUUCCUCGUCUGCAACUGGCCGAAGCAUGAAAUAAAGCUCUUAAAUGCUUAUCAGGUUGCUUGUCUCUCGACGAAUUGGAAUGGAUUAUUCCACGUCGAUUCGAGAUUUUUGUGAGGCCGCGAGCUUGAUCGGAAAAACUUGGAUCAAGUUUAAUACAUCUCUGAAUAGAACCGCUGAUUUCUCGUUGGCAAAGGUA